GUCAUAACACAUGGAGGAAGAGUUAUAAAGCGUUAUAACGGAAGCGUCCUUGUAGCCGCGGGUUCAGGUCCAGAUGACAGAUCCUUCCCCGCGGUAACAUGGCCGCGUCCGCCGGAGAAUCAUCAUCAUCAUCCUCCUCCACCGCGGGCAUCCCCAUCAUAACCGGCGAACCCAUGGAGGACAGCACCGGUAAGGUCCCGGAACAGACCGGAGAACCGAAUAAAAAGCCGUGCAGGGCUUGUACCGAUUUCAAGUCGUGGAUGAAGGUCCAAAAAACACCACAGGCGGCCCAGGCUGAGCAUGUGGAGCCCCAGCGGCGGACGGAAUGUCCACUGGACAGGGAGGAGUUAGGGCGUAACACCUGGUCCUUCCUCCACACCAUGGCAGCUCACUACCCAGACCAGCCCUCUCUCAGACAGCAGACGGACAUGGGACAGUUCAUCAACCUCUUCUCUAAGGUCUUCCCCUGCGAGGAGUGUGCUGAGGACCUGCGGACAAGGCUGAAGACCAAUCAGCCCGACGCCAGCAGCCGCCGCGCCCUCUCCCAGUGGCUGUGCGGCGUCCAUAACGACGUGAACGCUCGGCUGGGGAAGCGGCGGUUUGACUGUUCCCGCGUGGAUGAGAGGUGGCGGGACGGGUGGAAAGACGGGAGCUGUGACUGAAUCGAUCCAUUGACCUGAUCGAUUACUAUACCUGCUGACCUGAUCGAUUACUAUACCUGCUGACCUGAUCGAUUACUAUACCUGCUGACCUGAUCGAUUACUAUACCUGCUGACCUGAUUGAUUACUAUACCUGCUGACCUGAUCGAUUACUAUACCUGCUGACCUGAUCGAUUACUAUACCUGCUGACCUGAUCGAUUACUAUACCUGCUGACCUGAUCGAUUACUAUACCUGCUGACCUGAUCGAUUACUAUACCUGCUGACCUGAUCGAUUACUAUACCUGCUGACCUGAUCGAUUACUAUACCUGCUGACCUGAUCGAUUACUAUACCUGCUGACCUGAUCGAAUUACUAUACCUGCUGACCUGAUCGAUUACUAUACCUGCUGACCUGAUCGAAUUACUAUACCUGCUGACCUGAUCGAUUACUAUACCUGCUGACCUGAUCGAUUACUAUACCUGCUGACCUGAUCGAUUACUAUACCUGCUGACCUGAUCGAUUACUAUACCUGCUGACCUGAUCGAUUACUAUACCUGCUGACCUGAUCGAUUACUAUACCAGGGAUCACUGUCAAUCUGUGGUUCAGAGCCUUCAGACAGUAUUCACACCCCUGGACUUAAUUCGACACAUUUUGUGUUGUGUUACUGCCUGAAUUAAAAAAUGGAUACCCCCUUCAUGACAUCACAAUACCCCCUUCAUGACAUCGCAAUACCCCCUUCAUGACAUCACAAUACCCCCUUCAUGACAUCACAAUACCCCCUUCAUGACAUCACAAUACCCCCUUCAUGACAAAAGUGAAAACCGUUUUUUUAUUUUAUCAAAUGUAUUGAAAAUGAAAUACAGAAAUAUCUAAUUUUACAUAAAUAUUCACACCCCAGAGUCAAUACAUGUUAGAAUCAGUUUUACUUUAGUGCCUUUUUGCGAACAGGAUGCAUGUUUGGAGUAUUAAUAUUCUGUACAGGUUCUUUCUUUGAUUCUUGUAACUGUUUUGAAGUCGCCAUCGGCCUCAUGGUGAAAUCCCUGAGCGGUUUCCUUCCUCUCCGUUAACUGAGUUAGGAGGGACGCCUCUAUCUUUGUAGUGACCGGGUGUAUUGAUACACCAUCCAAAGUGUAAUCAAUAACUUCACUAUGCUCAAAGGUUUGAUUCUGUGUUUGAAAUUCACUGCUCAACGUGAGGGACCUUCCAGAUAAUUGUAUGUGUGGGGUACAGAGAGGAGGGAGUCAUUCAACAAUGAUGUAAAACACUAUAUACACACAGUAUUAUUGAGACACAGAGAGAGUCCAUGCAACUUAUUAUGUGACCUGUUCAGCACAUUUUUACCUCCUGAACUGAUUUAGACUGAACAUAACAAAGGGGUUUAUUCAAAUAAAAUGUUAUUUGUCAA